AUGGGCAAACGCGUCGUCUUCACAGGAGGCUCGGGCGUCGCCGGACGCUGGGUGAUCCAGGAGUUGCUGCGCUAUGGGCAUGAAGUCAUCAAUCUCGACAUCGUGCCCCUCGACAACCCCGCCGUCCACACGAUGAAGUGCGACGUGAGCGACGCCGGUCAGGUCUACAGCGCUCUUCACACUCAGUUCCGUCUCAGCGAGCCGCUUGAGAAAUCUUCGAUCCCGGACGCGGUGAUCCACUUUGCCGGUUAUGCCCGGCCGCUGCUCGCCCCCGACAGCGAGGUCUUCAAGACCAACGUCAACAGCAUCCACAACGUCGUCGAGGCGGCGUGCAAGCUGGGAGUGAAGAAGAUCAUCCUGGCGAGCAGCGUCUGCGUCUACGGCGUCACUUUUGCAGAAGGGCGUCGGUCCUUCACGUCGUUCCCCGUUGACGAGACCGUCGACUGCAACCCGACGGACCCGUACGCACUGUCGAAGCUCGUCGGAGAGACGGUGGCCAGGAGCUUUGCGAGCCGCUUCGGUGUCGACAUCUACUGCCUCCGCAUCGGCGCAGUCAUCGAGCCCGAGAAGUACGCCGAGUGCUUCUCCGGCUACCUCAACCAACCGGAGUCCUGGGACGUCCACGGAUGGUCUUACACGGACGCCAGAGACCUCGGUCAGAUGUGUCAUCUGGGUCUCAAGAGAGAUGGGCUGGGCUGGCAGGUCUUCAAUGCCACCAACGAUGAGAUGACGAACACCGAGACAACAGAGGAGUUCCUGAGCCGAGUGAGCCCAACAACCCCAUUCACCCGGGCUAUGGGAGAGCAUGAGGCUCCCAUGUCGAACAGGAAGAUCAAGUUGAUGCUCGGAUUCAAAGAAGAACACCCAUGGCAGAGAUACAUCCCGAUCACCAAGAAGACGGUCUAA